UUUUUGUAUUCUACUGAUGAAUAAUUUAUAUGCUUAGAUAACCAUAACAUUGAUCAAACCCAAGCGGAGUUCAAUUCUUCUGAAUGGCGACUUCAAAUUGACCCGGCACAAGUUCGCCAGUUUUAACUGUUAAAAAAAAUCGUGUUAAACCAAAGAUGGAAUUGAGAUUUCUCAAGGCGUUUAUCCUUGUCUUCACAGCCUUUCUGUGUCAUAUUUUUGGACGCACGAAUUCAGAAAUUGUUAAGUGCCACAAGAAUGAAACUUGUGGCUAUAAUUCGCAGUGCAUCAGCAAGGAGUGUCUUUGUAACGAAGGAUUCAUAAGUUUAGUCAAACCAGUUGGAGUGAAAGGCAAGGACUGUGUCGACAGAAAGUGUGAAGAUGGGAAAUGUGUCACUUGUAUAGAUAAGACCAGAUGCAAAAGAUGCGUCCGUUACCUCAUAGAAGGAACAGGGAAGUGUACGGACGAAUGUAAAACAGAGGUUAUUUUAAAGUUUACUGGAAAUGAGCAGGGGGAUGUUUGUAAAGCGGCCGAGGAGUCCAAGUGGACUAAGGCACAGACGAUUGGACUUAUCGUUGGAUUGUCUCUCGCGGCUGUAGUGAUCAUCGUGGUUGUAAUCGUAAUCAUCAUAAUAAAGAAAAGGAAAAUUGAUGAGGAUACUGAUAGACAAAUUAAAGAAAUACGCGCAAGAAAAAAGAAAGAAAGGCAAGAAAGAAGGAAGGCCAGAAAUGCUGCAAAGAGUGCUAACGCCCAAGAGGGAAAGCAAGGUUCUAUUCCUGACUCCACUGGGAAUGACUCUUCUGGUAACGUCCUAGGGGCAAAGGACUUUGAAGUUUGAACAAGGCUAACAGCGGAUCCAGUUAGAAACGAAGGAUCUUGUUUUCAAAGUAAUGGCACAUGGUUUGAAAUGGGAAAACAUUACGCCCAUGAUAAGAGUCGCCACAAGAACGAAAGAACGACUACUUUUUCUAGAUUGGUCUUCUCUAGAUUUCGUGCAAUAAUUUAAAAUUUUGUAUGAAAAACUUAGAGAGAAAGAAAACCUAAAGAUCAAGGUGGAAAAUUCGAAGCCGAAAAAGUAUGAAAAAAUUAAAACGUUUGUAAAAAAUAUAUAAAUAAGAUGAAAAACAAAUGAAUAAAAUACUGUAAAAAAAUUUCUAAAUGCAUAACAAGAAGAGAGAGAAAGAAAACCUAAAGAUCAAGGUGGAAAAUUCAAAGCCGGAAAAGUAAAAAAAAAUUAAAACGAUUGUAAA